AUGGGCAAUGAAAAGAACGAGAGCUCGAGAUUCGACACCAACGCAGACCGAACCGUCAAUGAACCCAGCCUCUCCGACGGAAAGUCCGAGUGGGAGGAAAAUUCACACCGCGAAGACGCCGCACGAGGUAUCUUCGACUUCGAUGAGAAGCAGACGAUCAGUGGGAAAUUUGAGAACCCCCUGGCAGGCAUCUCCAAGGCUAAACUCUUUCAGGAGGUUGAAAAGUUUUGCCGUGGCUAUGACUUGAUGGACAAUCUUGAAACAAUGAAAAAAGGCGCACUGGUCGCACAGUCGCCUUUGCAUUUUCACGAGAUUGAAGAGCUGUCAAAUGAGGAUAUCGCUAUAUUGGAGCGUGAGAAGUCACACAAAUGGAACCAGCCCUGGAUGCUCUACUGGCUGACCGUCAUGUGUGCUAUGGGCGCUGCAACCCAGGGUAUGGAUGAGUCGGUCAACAAUGGCGCAGUCGCGUUCUACCCUAAACAGCUGGGUAUCGACAAAUUGAAUAACGCAACCUGGAUCGAAGGCCUCGUGGUUGGUGCUCCAUACCUCGCCUGUGCCCUAAUAGGCUGCUGGCUAAACGAACCCUUGAACUAUUUCUUGGCUCGCCGCGGUACGAUAUUUGUCUCUUGCUUUUUUGCAGCAUGGGCCUCUAUCUGGGAAGCCUUCACCUAUUCCUGGGGUCAGCUGUUUGCGGCUCGUUUCGUCUUAGGACUUGGAAUUGGAGCUAAAUCAAGUACCAUCCCCGUCUACUCGGCCGAGUGCGCCCCAGCACCAAUCAGAGGUGCCCUCGUAAUGCAAUGGCAAGUUUGGACUGCAUUUGGAAUUAUGCUGGGCAACAUAAUGGGCGUUGCCUUUUACUCGCUAGGCCCAGAUGUGGGCUGGCGUGUGAUGCUUGGCUCGAGUUUCGUUCCCCCUUUAUUUGUGAUGGUGCAGGUUUUCUUCUGUCCGGAGUCUCCGCGAUGGUUGAUCCAGAACUACAAAGUUCAGAAGGCUUAUCGAUCGUUCCGCCGUAUCCGCAACACUGAACUCGAGGCGAGUAGAGACCUAUUCUACACCUAUGUUGGCGUUGAGAUCGAACGCAGAGUCAACAAAGGCAAAACCUUCUUCACGAAGCUCUGGGAGCUGUUUUCCGUCCCGCGAAACCGUCGCGCAACCAUGGCUACUUGGAUGAUAAUGUUUGGGCAGCAGUUCUGUGGUGUCAAUGUUAUUGCCUAUUACUCGACCACAAUCUUCGUCCAGAGCGGCUAUACCCACCCCCAAGCCUUGCUGUUCUCAAUGGGAACAGGUAUCUUGAAUUGGGUAUUUGCCUUACCGGCCUUUUUCACCAUUGAUACGUUUGGAAGGCGUUUUCUACUCCUAGUCACAUUCCCUUUUCUUUGUAUCACUCUCCUGUGGACUGGCAUGUCCUUCUUUCUCCCAUUGCAUAGCACGAAACGAACAGCAAUGAUCACCACAGGGAUGUAUCUCUACGAGGUUUUUUACUCCCCAGGCAUGGGACCCGUGCCAUUUUCAUACUCUGCAGAAUCAUUCCCAAUCCAGGUCCGUGACGUUGGUAUGGCUUCAGCAACAGCUGUACUCUGGGCAUUCAAUUUCAUACUUUCGUUUACUUGGCCGGCCCUGGUGGAAGCGUUUAAACCCCAAGGUGCCUUUGGCUGGUACGCCGCCUGGUGCGCUAUACUAUGGUUCCUCACGCUUAUAAUAUUCCCGGAAACUAAGGAGCUUACUCUGGAGGAGCUGGAUGCUGUAUUCAGCGUCCCCACUCGCAAACAAGUAGCUCGCGGGCUACGCGAGCCCGCUUACUGGGUGAACAAAUACGUCUUUCGUCGGAAUGUCGAACUGCCUCCCCUGGUGGAUAUCCCGCAGCUUCAAGGCCAGCGGAAGGAAGCCAGCCAGGUCGUCCAGGUCGGCAUUGUUUGA